UUCUGAUUUCCAUGGUUCUCAGAGGUCACAGGAGACUAAGUGAUGGCAGCAGCCAGCUUUCUGCCACUACCAACAGGACCCCAGUCCCUGUUGUUCCAGGCCAAAGUGACCUUCGAAGAUGUGGCUGUGCUACUCUCCCAGGAGGAAUGGGACCGCCUGGGCCCUGCUCAGAGGGGCCUCUACCGAAAUGUGAUGAUGGAGACCUACGGGAACGUGGUCUCACUGGGACUUCCAGGAUCCAAGCCUAAAGUGAUCUCCCAGCUGGAGCGAGGAGAAGAGCCAUGGGUUCUGGACAGGAAGGGGACAGAGGAGAGCCAGGGCCGGGAGCACGGCUGCUCAGACAACCUCAGAUGUGACCACACUGCAUCCUGUAUGCAACAAGACAGUUUAUUUUGUCCAUGGGAAUGUGACACCAAGGAAGAGAACCAAACUACAGACUUGAGUCUAAAGCCAUUAAUGUCAGAGGACAUAGCAAUAAUUCUGGAGAAAACACCCUUGGGGAGGAUUGAUCAAGAAAAUACUGAAACAAAGAGAAACUUCUCUCUGAGUCCAAAACCUACUGGCCACAGUGAUGUUCAGGUUUUAAGCCAGAGUGUGCCACUCACUCCACAUCAGGCAGUACCUAGUGGAGAGAGACCCUACAUGUGCAUUGAGUGUGGGAAGUGCUUUGGUCGGAGCUCCCAUCUCCUUCAACAUCAGCGUAUCCAUACUGGGGAGAAGCCCUAUGUGUGCAAUGUAUGUGGGAAGGCCUUCAGCCAGAGUUCAGUCCUUAGUAAACACAGGAGGAUUCACACAGGUGAGAAGCCCUAUGAGUGUAAUGAGUGCGGAAAAGCCUUUAGAGUGAGCUCAGAUCUUGCUCAGCAUCACAAGAUACACACAGGAGAGAAGCCUCAUGAAUGUCUUGAGUGUCGGAAAGCCUUUACUCAGCUCUCUCAUCUCAUUCAGCAUCAGCGGAUUCACACAGGAGAAAGACCAUAUGUGUGUCCAUUGUGUGGGAAAGCCUUCAACCACAGCACUGUCCUGCGGAGCCACCAAAGGGUGCACACUGGGGAGAAGCCUCAUGGGUGCAACGAGUGUGGGAAAACCUUCAGUGUGAAGAGGACACUGCUGCAGCACCAGAGGAUACACACUGGGGAGAAGCCUUACACAUGCAGUGAGUGUGGAAAGGCCUUCAGUGACCGCUCGGUUCUCAUUCAGCACCACAAUGUGCACACAGGAGAGAAGCCCUACGAAUGCAAUGAGUGUGGGAAGACCUUCAGCCACCGCUCUACCCUGAUGAACCACGAGCGGAUCCACACUGAGGAGAAGCCCUAUGCAUGCUAUGAGUGUGGAAAGGCCUUUGUUCAGCACUCACACCUGAUCCAGCACCAAAGGGUCCACACUGGGGAAAAGCCCUAUGUGUGUGGGGAAUGUGGGCAUGCCUUCAGUGCACGCCGAUCUCUGAUCCAGCAUGAGAGAAUCCACACAGGUGAGAAGCCCUUUCAGUGCACAGAGUGUGGCAAAGCCUUCAGCCUGAAAGCAACCCUGAUUGUGCACCUGAGGACCCACACGGGCGAGAAGCCCUAUGAGUGCAAUAGCUGUGGGAAAGCCUUCAGCCAGUACUCGGUGCUCAUCCAGCACCAGCGGAUCCAUACAGGCGAGAAGCCCUAUGAGUGUGGGGAGUGCGGUCGUGCCUUCAACCAGCAUGGCCACUUGAUCCAGCACCAAAAAGUACACAAGAAGCUGUGACCCACUGCCAAUACAAGAAUCCACCCUCACAGAAACUGCACAUACAACUGCAGGCAGCCUUCAUCCCAGGAGAAUCUUCUAAGAGUUAACUCUACAGGAAACCCUUCUUUGGUGAUUCAGUGUCACAGAAUAACUCUAAAGAGAAGCACUGGGCAUGUUCUUCCUGUGAAAAAACUUUAGAGAAUGCCUGUUUUAUUUCUUCAUCAUCUUGAGGUUAUACUGGAGAGUAAUCAUACAAUUGUAGUGAGUUUUUGGUAAAGACAGCCAUAAUUCUUUCUUUAACAUGAGUUUAUUUGGAAAGUUAAGGCAUAAGAACUAUUGUCCCAAUAAAACUUUCUUACAUUAUGAAUAAAGUUCUUUUUCUUAGAACA